AAACGAGUCGCCUUCCCAACCGCAGCUAUGAAGGACCCCCGGGCAUCGAAGCGGAGAAGAGUCUCCCAGGACGAGGAUGGAGACAUUGAGAUGGGAACCGAAGAUGAAGAUGUCUUCGCUGUUCCAUCAUCUCCGGAUAACGACAGAGCAUCUCCCACACCUAAUAAAGCAUCCCGGCGUCGAUCUACCUAUGCCGAGAACGAGGAACAGGAGGUGCAGACGCCCGCACGAGCUGGAACACGGACAAGCGGACGCCAGCGCAAAACGCCAAAGAGAUUCGAACAAGAAGCCACUACAUCCUCUUCGAGGCGCAAAUCGGCAAUUACGCCGAGAAGUGGUCGUCCGGCCCGAAGCGCGCAAAAGCCGAAACAAUCCCCUGUGGUAGACGAGGACGAUGAUGAGGAGGAAGAGGUUGAAGAAGAAGACGACGAUUUCAAGGAUGAAGAGGACGAUGAGGAUGACGCUGAAAUGGAAGUUGACGAGCCAUCUCCGGAAUUUACUGCUCGCUCUAUGACAAGAAGCAGAUCAAGGAGAAGCACUGCGAGGCCUAGAGCUAGCAAAAAGGUGUCCGACGAGCCGAAAGAAAAGUCGCCUUCGCCGGAAUACCCGGAUGGUCUUGAUGAUCUUGUGGCGAUGCAGCUUCAACAAGAUCUCCACGAGCUCCAACCCGGGACGCAGGAGGCUGUUGAGGUCUCCGAGCCUUUGCCGGAAUAUGCAGAGAAAUUCCAAGCUCUCUGUCGGAACGGUCUCGGGGAUGAAGUGCGCAUUCUUGCUACCAUUCUACUUGAAAAGCUGUCUGGAAAACGACAGGUUCCUCUACGGGGACUAGAGCCUGAAUACCAGAAAGUCCAUCAACUAGUUGAGUCAACUGUCUCAGUGGGUGAGGGUAACUCGAUGCUUCUUCUUGGAUCUAGAGGAUGCGGCAAGACAGCGAUUGUGGAAUCGAUCAUCUCAUCUCUCGCCAAGGAGCACAGAAACGAUUUCCACGUCGUCCGUCUUAAUGGCUUCUUGCACACGGAUGACCGUCUGGCUUUACGAGAGAUGUGGCGCCAGCUGGGCCGUGAGACUCAUACCGAAGACGAUGCGGCCAAGGUCAGCUCUUAUGCGGAUACCAUGGCAACGCUGUUGGCUAUGCUAUCGCACCCCGAAGAGCUGUUCGGAGCUUCAGGGAGUGGAGGUGCAACUGCUGCGAAAUCGAUUGUGAUCCUGUUGGACGAGUUCGAUCUUUUCGUUACCCAUCCACGACAGACUCUAUUGUACAACCUGUUUGAUAUUGCCCAGGCGCGCAAGGCGCCAAUUGCCGUGAUUGGCCUUACAACCAAGGUCGACGUAACCGAGAUGCUUGAGAAACGUGUCAAGAGUCGUUUCAGUCAUCGAUACGUCUACGUCCCGCUCCCUCGAUCCUUUGAGAUCUUCUCGGAUGCCUGUCUAGGAAGUCUAGAUCUGAAUGAGAGCGAGAUGACAGAUAUCGCAGAUGAACUCGGCACCGAACGCUCCCUGGUCGAGUCAGACAAAUGGAAAACGCUGCUCGAGGGAUGGAAGGAAUUUCUCAAGCACAUGUGGAACGACAAAGACCUCCAAUUUCACCUACGACGAAUCUACAACCAAACAAAAUUCACCAAAGAAUUCUUCACAAGCGCCCUCCUCCCAAUAACCGACCUUCUCCAAAGUGUCUCAACCCCAGACCCCCAAACAACCCCCCAAAUCCCAACCCCCAAAUCCUUCACCUCCCAAACCCUCUCCUGCCCAGACCCAGCACCCCUCCCCUUCUCAACAUCCAUAACAUCAUCAAGCCCCUCCUCCCUCCCCCUAGCCCUGUUAGUAGCAGCAACCCGCCUAGCAGCCCUCUUCGACCCAGGAAACGACGGCUCCCAGAGUAUGACACCACUAGCACUAUCCUUCCCAGCGGCGUACGCGGAAUACGUGCGCUUGUUGACGUCCGCGAAGACGAAUGCUUCUGUUGGCGGUGCGGCUGCUACGCCUGGCCGUGUCUGGGGACGGGACGUUGCAAGGGAGUCUUGGGAGAAGUUGCUUAGUUGGGGUCUUGUUACUCCUGUUGGGAGUGGAAAUGGUACUGCUGACGGGCAGAUGUUCCGUGUGGAAAUUAGCUUCGAGGAGGUUAUUGAGAUGGCUGGUUCGGGUGGUGCUUUGGGACAGUGGUGGCGUGAGUAG